AUGGCUGCCCAGAUAGGUUUGGUAUGGGUCUGUGGUGGGUGUUUACUUGGCAGCAGGAUAGCAAUGGGUCAGAUUGAGUGUGCCUCUGAGCUUGCUGCCCAUGAUAAUGAACCACCUAGCUGUGGAUGAGAUGGAAAGCUGGAUCCAGCGGGAAAUCAGAGAUGUUUUUAGUAUCAGGGUUCCCUUCCCAUAGUGUCACACCCACAAAAAUAGGACGGUAAGUCAUCAAUUCUUGCACACACUUUAUCAAACCCCCCCCCCCCAUUGUCUAAAGGAGACCCCUGCAGUAUGUUUGCUGUUCCGCUCUCCCUCCGUCCCCACCCCCUUCCUCCUCCUAUGACUUAUUUGCCUCUUUUCCAUCUUAACUCAUCCCUUCUUCCCUCUCUCCCUCUCUCCUCAGAUCCCCCAGGUGAGUUAUGCCUCCACGGCCCCGGAGCUGAGCGACAACACACGUUAUGACUUUUUCUCGCGCGUGGUGCCCCCAGACACCUACCAGGCACAGGCCAUGGUGGAUAUUGUCAAGGCCAUGCGCUGGAACUUCAUCUCCACUGUGGCGUCGGAGGGGAAUUAUGGAGAGAGCGGCGUGGAUGCCUUCAUACAGAAGUCUCGAGAGGACGGUGAGUGGGUUCUCUGUGCUUUUGUUUAG